AUCCAUCCUUAUGCGAGGAUGGCGUGGAGCAUACUUGCCGCUGCUAUCAUCGCCCAGAUCAACCAAGAUCAAUCUAUAAAGGCUCUUCUCGAGACCAUGCUUGACUGUCACAACUUCGUCGACGAAGCCGAACCUCUGAAGCAUCUCCGAUCUGCGGUGCAGGUUUUGUCUGCGAUGGCAAAGCAGACGACUGAGUGUGCCUAUUUCAUCCGGGACUUCACCAGAGUGGAAAGGUUUUGGGUGCGCACCGUAACAAACCGCUUCGUAGACAUCGAUGGCACCAUUACCCGGUAUCAAGUCAACCUGCGACAGUUACAGGACCAGUUUACUAGGUUCUCUGCGCUCCGUACUGAAAUUUCCACAUCCCGCAUCGAACUCAGCGUGAACCGCAUCCUAGACUUCGUCGAUAUUGCAAGAGACAUCGUGUGGGAAAGGCAUUUGCGCGAGUUGCCGUAUGCUUCGGCAGCGGGGUGGAACCGCCGGAAAGCUUGUCUCCCCGGCACCCGUACGGAGCUUCUCGACGAAAUUAUUGCAUGGAUAAAUGACGACUGCGACCCAAGGCGCGUCUGUCUACUCCUCGGUGAGGCGGGGACAGGAAAGUCUGCCGUCGCUCAUACCAUCGCACAACUAUUUCGUGACCUCGCGCGCCUUGCAUCCAUCUUCUGCUUCGACAGAUCUUUCAAGGAUCGUACGCCUUUGCUACUGUUUCCUACUGUUGCUCGAGACCUGGCCGAUUGUGAUCCAGCCAUAAAGAAGGCGUUGUUGGACUCUAUCUCUGAAUGCCGAUCCGAUCUGGAAACACCCGACAUUGCUACACAAUUCGAGCGCUUUAUCCUAGGUCCCGCAGGACGACUAAUGAUUUCCGGACCAAUCGUCAUCGUCAUCGAUGCUCUCGAUGAAAGCGAAGCGAUCGGAGAAGAUGCCCGCGACGCUCUCUUGUCAGUCCUCGCGACGAAUGCUUCUCGCCUACCUCCCAACAUCAGAAUCGUCGUUACUUCUCGACCGGAGGAGGACGUUGAGCGGGUCUUAGGAAAGGACGAGCUCGUGUUCUGCAAGCGGAUGGCGGACGUACCCUCUUCAACGACUCACCGUGACAUCGCGGCGUACAUUCAAGACCGCCUGUCUGCUCUUCGUCCCCAAUUUGUCGAUUUUGACGCUGUGUGCCGGCAGCUUUCUGACCGCUCCGAGGGAUUCUUCCAGUGGGCAUCAACCAUUUGUGCUGCGCUCACAGACCGGAACCUCACUGGCUUGCGAGGCGACGAACGACUGCGCGAAGUGAUGCCUGAUGAUAACGGCCCCCGAAAAUCUGGAAAGCAUCUCCUCGACGACGUGUACAUGCAUAUACUUGGAUCUAUAUUCAAGCUGCCACACCCAUCCGCAAGGGAGCGGUAUUUGAGGGUGAUGGCCCACGUCCUCGGCGCAGCAGAGCCGCUGUCGGUCAACUCUCUGUCCGAUCUGCUCCAGGGGUCCCUUACGAAGGGAGACAUCCAACUAAUUCUGACCCCGAUGGGGUCCCUCCUUAGCGGUGUGCAUUCCGACGAGCAGCCAAUCAAGCCGCUGCACACGUCCUUCCGGGACUUUCUUCUUGACGCUUCUCGCAGCGGAUCGUUCCACAUCGACUUGGCUGCCUCUGACCACACAUUCGCUGUCGGAGCGCUGGAGCUCCUGCGAAAGAACUUGAAGUUCAACAUAUGCGAUUUCCCCACAUCUUAUGCUACCAACAUCGAAGUCCCAGAUCUCCCUGAGCGGCGUGCAGCUAGAAUAACUCCUUCUCUAUCGUACGCAUGCAGGUACUGGGCUCUCCAUGCAACUGGAGCAGAUCUCGAACACCGCCUUAUCGUAUUGGUGACGACUAUGCUUUCGUUGCAAGCGUUAUUCUGGCUUGAGGCGCUUAGCCUCCUCAACGCAAUGGAGAGCUUGUCUUACUAUUCCGACUUCAUCAACAGAAUUUCGACAUUGCGGGUGCGGCGGCAUGUCUCAAAAUCUGUUGAACUCAUAAUCUAUCAUGUUCAACGCUUCAUCCAGGAGUUCGGUACGGUGAUCGCUCAAUCCGCCCCUCACAUUUAUUUGUCGGCAUUCACGUUCUCGCCACCCGAGUUCAUGCAGCAUGCCAGGCAUAAAUUCCUUGGGCUACCCACCAUCGUAACCGGUGGAGAGGCACACUGGCCCGUGUGGAAAUGCACUAUGGAGGUUCCAGGAGCAGCGGUCUGCGCCAUCAGAUUUUCUCCAGACGGAAGGCGAAUAGUUUCCGGAAACGCCGAUGGCACUGUGCGGGUAUGGGAUACAGACACUGGACGCGCUAUAGGAACGCCGUCGAAGGGCCACAUCUCCGGUGUCAACUCAGUGGCCUACUCGUCUGACGGUGCUCGGAUUGUAUCUAGUUCCGAAGACGGUUCCGUUCGCAUGUGGGAUGCUCGCACCUUACAACUCAUAGGUCAUCCGAUGAUACGCCAUGAUGGCAGCGUCAACUCCGUUGCAUUCUCUCCGUGCGAUGAAUACAUCGCUUCGGCAUCGGAUGACACUACUGUCUUGCUGUGGAACAGCAGCACGUGUACCACAAUUGGCGAGCCUCUCACGGGACACAUGAGUUACGUACUCUCCGUAGUGUUCUCCCCAGAUGGAUCGCUGAUCGCUUCAAGCUCGGCGGACGAGACUAUCAGGAUCUGGGACUUCCAUACUUGUCAUAUGGUCAUUGGCCCGCUUUCAGAUCACUCUGGGUGGGUACGCUCGAUUGCUUUCUCACCUGAUGGACGACGCCUGGUCUCGGGCUCUGGUGACGCCACCAUUCGGAUUUGGGACGUCUGCACAGGUCAUGCCAUAGGUCAACCGAUCAGAGCACAUCGUGAAUACGUGACCGCCGUGGCUUUCUCUGCAGAUGGGACGCGGAUUGUAUCGGGAGGUGAUGACAAUAAUGUGUGCCAAUGGGACUCUCGUACUCUGAAACAGCUGGGACGCCCGUUGAGUGGGCACUCCGAUUGGGUGCGAUUGCAACGAUGGGAGCUGCGUUCACGCCAACCUUUGGGAGAGUCUUUCGGGGUCCAUGAUAAGGACGUUCGGUGCAUUUGCAUUUCUCCGGAUGGGACGCGGAUAGCCACUGGAUCCAUGGAUAAGACGAUUCGCAUUUGGUACUCCCACUCCGGACGUGCAGUAAGCGAUCCGCUUACAGGCCACAACGAAGCGGUCCUUGGGAUUGCGUAUGCACCCGACGGAGGAAGGAUUGUAUCGGGAUCGGCGGAUCAUACCCUCCGCAUAUGGGACCAUCGUUCUGGUGGUCAUAUUGGUAUCACGACUUUGGAAGGUCACCUCGGAUCCGUUAGAGCUGUUGCAUUCUCUCCUGAUGGUAAUCACAUCGUUUCGUGCUCGACUGACAGAACCCUCCGUCUUUGGGACGCCCAUAGUGGAGAACCAAUUGACGAGCCAUGGACGGGUCAUCGUGGUGCCGUGCAUUGCAUUGCAUUCUCUCCUGACGGCGUACUCGUAGCUUCGGGAGGCUCUGGUGACGGUUCAGUUUGUCUGUGGAAUGCCCGAUCUGGAAAACCACUUGCAGGCGCUCUAAAAGCGCACCUGAACGUUGUGCAUUCGGUCGCAUUCUCCCCAAAUGGAUCUCGCCUAGUGUCUGGAUCAAAGGACGGAACCAUACGCGUAUGGGAUGUUCGCAGCAUUUGUCUCAUGGCCGGGUACCAUGGUGUAGCCGGUGACAACGACGCGGGACCUGCGAUCCACCUGUCCCCUUCGCCUGCACACGCACUACAGCGUACAGACGAGUUCAUUGCGUCGGAUAUGGCAGAGCCCAGUGAUGCCAAUCCGGUCAGGAUGGAAGACGGAUGGCUCGUCGGGCCACGAGGAGAGAGACUGCUGUGGGUGCCUGUGCAUCACCGCGGAAAACUCUGGCCACCGUUCCAAACACUCAUGAUUCCGACCCGCGCUGCAUUCAGUCACCAUCCUACAACCAUUGAUCUCAGCAGAUUGGCUCAUGGCGUGCGCUGGAAAGAGUGCUAUAACCCCGAAGAGGAGGAGGGUAAGUGA